CCUAAGACCAAACCCCGCCCCACUACAUUCUCUCGUCUUUAUCAUGGAGAAGUUGUCCAUCGUCUAUGGAGUAGAGGAGCCCACCCUGUGGUCCCAGACUCUGGGCCAGCUGAUCGAGGAACAGGCCACGCAGUAUGGCGACCGCACGGCGCUGGUCACCCCGUGGCAAGACAAGCGAUUGUCUUUCCGCCAGCUGGCGGACAGUAGCCGAGUGCUGGCCACCGCGAUGGUGCAGGCCGGCCUGCGCCUGGGCGAUUGCAUCGCGGUGUUGGCGGGCAACCGCUACGAAUACAUCCAGGUGUUUCUGGCCGGGGCGCGGAUCGGAUGUCCUGUGCUACCCUUGAACAACGCCUACACCCCAGCGGAAGUGCUGCGCGCGUUGCAGAGAAGUGCAACCCGAUUCCUCUUUCUCGCUUCGCAGAUCGGUCCCCGCAGCCUGGUCCCGCAUCUCCAGGCUUUACUCUCGCCCGCGUCGCAAGCCACCUUGCCGGAGCUGAGUGGGAUUGUAUGCUUCGAUAGUGACGGACCCUAUACCCAACCACAGGUGCAAGGCUACGGGUGUUUCCUGGCCUCGGGCGAGAGGGCAGCACCGGAUGAGGGCCUGCUGCCCGCCGCGGAGCGGAUCGUGCGGCUGUCCGACAAUCUCAGCUAUCAAUUUACCUCGGGGACGAGCGGAGAGCCGAAGUUGUCCAUGCUCACCCACCGCGGCCUCAUCAACAACGCCCGCCUCGUUGGCGACGGGAUGCGCCUGACCCCCGCCGACGUGGUCUGCUGCCCCCCACCCCUCUUCCACACCUUCGGGCUGGUUCUCGGCUUUCUCAACGCCUUCACCCACGGCAGCGCGAUCGUCUUCCCCUCCGACCAUUUCCACGCCGACAGCGUCAUCGACGCGGUCAUCCACGAAAAGGCCACCGCCCUGCUCGGGGUGCCCACCAUGUUCGUCGCCGAGCUCGAGGCAUGCGCGGCCCGGAAGCUCGACAAGAUCAACACCGUGCGCACGGGGCUGGCGGCCGGGUCGCCGGUCUCGGAGACGCUGCUCAGUCGGCUCGAGGAGAGGUUCGGCGUCAAGGGCAUGUUGAUCGCCUACGGGAUGACGGAGACCAGUCCUGUGACGUUUAUGACUUCGUUGGAUGAUCCCAGGGACAAGGCAAUGACGAGUCUAGGGAGGGUACUGCCGCAUACGUCGGCCAAGGUGAUCAACCAGGAGGGGGUCAUUGUGCCGCGGGGCGAGAGCGGCGAGUUAUGCACCAGUGGGUACGGGCUCCAGAGGGGGUACUUUGAGAAUGAAGCCAAAACGAAAGAGGCAAUGCAACGCGACGCGGACGGGAGGUUGUGGAUGCAUACCGGAGACCAAUGCUAUCUCGAUGCGGAGGGAUACUGUCAUAUCAGUGGGAGGAUGAAGGAUGUGAUUAUCCGAGGAGGAGAGAACAUGUUCCCCCUCGAGAUUGAGGAGCGUCUCCUGCUGCAUCCCGCCAUCGCAGAAGCGAGCGUGGUGGGCGUGGCGGAUCCCAGGUACGGCGAGGUGGUGGGCUGCUUUCUCAAGUUGACCCAGGGACACGUUCAGCCGCAGGAUCAGGAACUACGAGACUGGGUACGGGUGGAAUUGAGCUGGCACAAAGCCCCCCAGCAUGUCUUCUGGAUUGGAGACGGCGGAGUGUGUCCGGAAUUUCCCAAGACUGCCAGUGGCAAGCACCAGAAGCACAUCAUGAAGGAGAUUGCAAACAUGUGUCUAUCCGGGCGGCGUGCAGGCAAGGAUCUGCCUUUUCGUAUGCAAGUGAUCUCUCUGUUUGGGCUCUCGGUGUGCUUAAUUCCGGUGGCAUUGUAUCUGUCGACUUUGGCGUGA